GGAGGGGCCGGGCGGGACCGGGACCGGACCGGGACGAGGGCCGGUACAGGGGCCAGGAACGGACCGCGCCGGGGCGGCCCCGCGGGCACCGGCAGCGAUGGCGCCGCGGCUGCAGCUGGAGAAGGCGGCGUGGCGCUGGACCGAGACGGUGCCGCCCGAGGCGGUGGCGCAGGAGCACAUCGAGGCGGCCUAUCGCGUCCGGCUGGAGCCCUGCCAGCGCGGAGCCUGCCGGAGGAACUGCCGGGGAAACCCCAACUGCCUGGUGGGCAUCGGGGAGCACGUGUGGCUGGGCGAGAUCGAUGAGAACAGCUUCCACAACAUCGACGACCCCAACUGCGAGCGCCGCAAGAAGAACGCCUUCGUGGGCCUGACCAACCUGGGGGCCACGUGCUACGUGAACACCUUCCUGCAGAUGUGGUUCCUGAACCUGGAGCUGCGCCAGGCGCUGUAUCUGUGUCCCAGCGCCUGCAGCGACGGCGUCCCCAAGGACACAGACUACGAGCCCCAGAGCAUCUGUGAGCACCUGCAGUACCUGUUUGCGCUGCUGCAGAACAGCAAACGGCGCUACAUCGACCCCUCGGGCUUCGUCAAGGCCCUGGGGCUGGACACGGCCCAGCAGCAGGAUGCCCAGGAGUUUUCCAAGCUGUUCAUGUCCCUGCUGGAAGAUACUUUAUCCAAACAGAAGAACCCAGACGUCAGGAACAUCGUGCAAAAGCAGUUCUGUGGAGAGUAUGCCUAUGUCACUGUCUGCAACCAGUGUGGCAGAGAAUCCAAACUGGUGUCCAAAUUUUACGAGCUGGAGUUAAACAUCCAAGGACACAAGCAGCUGACAGACUGUAUAACAGAAUUCCUCAAGGAAGAAAAAUUAGAAGGGGACAAUCGUUAUUUUUGUGAGACUUGUCAGAGCAAGCAGAAUGCCACGAGGAAGAUCCGCCUGCUCAGCCUGCCCUGCACCCUCAACCUGCAGCUCAUGCGCUUCGUGUUCGACAGGCAAACUGGUCACAAGAAGAAGCUGAACACCUACAUCGGCUUCUCGGAGCUGCUGGACAUGGAGCCUUUUAUGGAGCAGAAAAACGGGGUGUACGUGUACGAGCUGAGCGCUGUCCUCAUCCACCGCGGCGUCAGCGCCUACUCCGGCCACUACAUCGCCCACGUCAAGGACCCGCAGACGGGCGAGUGGUACAAGUUCAACGACGAGGACAUCGAGAAGAUGGAGGGCAAGAAGCUGCAGCUGGGCAUCGAGGAAGAUCUGGCGGAGCCGUCGAAAUCCCAGACUCGGAAGCCCAAGUGUGGGAAGGGCACCCACUGCUCCCGGAAUGCCUACAUGCUGGUGUACAGGCUGCAGGCCAGGGAGAAAUCCCUCACUGUCGAGGUGCCAGCUUUCCUGCAGGAGCUGGUGGAGAGGGAUAACUGCAAGUUUGAGGAGUGGUGCAACGAGAUGGCCGAGAUGCGCAAGCAGAGCGUGGCCAGGGGGAAGAUCAAACACGAGGAGGUGAAGGAGCUCUACCAAAGGUUACCCGCCGAAGCUGGUUCCCCCUACGACUUCAUCUCUCUGGAAUGGCUGCAGAAAUGGCUGGAUGAGUCCACUCCUCCCAAACCUAUCGACAACACGGCCUGCCUGUGCUCCCAUGGCAAACUCCAUCCCGAUAAAAUAUCCCUGAUGAAGAGGAUUUCCGAAUACGUGGCCGACUUCUUCUACCGGCGCUACGGGGGAGGGCCCCGGCUCAACGUCAAAGCACUUUGCAAGGACUGCGUGGUGGAAAGGUGUCGAAUCCUGCGGCUCAAAAACCAGCUGAACGAAGACUACAAAACUGUGACCAACCUACUGAAGGUCACAGUCAAGGGGAACGAUGGGUUUUGGGUUGGAAAAGCAUCUUUGAGGAGCUGGCGUCAGCUGGCUCUGGAGCAGCUGAAUGAGCAAGAUGAAGAUGCAGAGCACAGUAACGGAAAAAUGAAUGGAAAUGCACAAAACAAAGAUGAAUCAAACGAAGAGAAGAGGGAGGAGGAAGAGGAGUUAAAUUUUAAUGAAGACAUCGUUUGCCCACAUGGUGACCUGUGCAUCUCCGAGAACGAGCGCAGGGUGGUUUCCAAGGAAGCCUGGGAGAAACUCAAGCAAUAUUUCCCAAAAGCCCCCGAAUUCCCAAAUAACAAAGAGUGCUGUUCCCAGUGCAAGAUUUUGGAGCGUGAAGGGGAGGAAAACGAAGCUCUGCACAAGAUGAUGGCCAGUGAGCAGAAGACUUCUCUCCAGAACCUGUUCCAUGACAAAUGCAGGCCUUGCCUGGGCAGUUGGCCUCAGGAGACAGAUGAGCUGUAUAUUGUUUCGCAGUUCUUUGUAGAAGAAUGGAGGAAAUUUGUCAGGAGGCCGACACGCUGCAGCCCCGUGUCCUCCAUAGCCAACAGUGUCCUGCUCUGCCCCCAUGGGGGGCUCAUGUUCACCUUCGCUUCCAUGACCAAAGAAGACUCCAAACAUAUAGCUCUGAUAUGGCCCAGCGAGUGGGAGAGGAUCCAAAAGCUCUUUGUGGUGGAUCACGUCAUCAAGAUCACCCGGACACAGGGUCCCGAGGGCACCCGCUACACCUCGGAGCCCCAGCUGUGCCCGGAGUGCCGGGAAGGGCUCCUGUGCCAGCAGCAGCGGGACCUGCGCGAGUACACCCAGGCCACGGUGUACGUGCACAAAGUGGUGGAUAACAAAAAGGUGAUGAAGGACGCGGCUCCGGAGCUGAACGUGAGCAGCUCGGAGGCUGAAGAGGAAAGGGAGGAAAACAAGCCAGAGGGGGAGCAGGACCCCGAUUUUAACCAGGUAGAGAUGAAAAAUCCCAGCAGGUUCCUUGAUUUCUGCAUCAUCCUCCAGAGUCAGCACGACAGGGUCACCUCCCUCCUCCUCUGGGUCCGACUGGUGGGGGACACGUGUCUCAAAGUGUCACUGGAACGGUCAGACCACACCAGUGCUGGUUUUUGGAGAGGUUAAACCUGGACAGGGACUCGUCUGCCCGUGGAAAUCUGCCCCACGCUGGCAUUAGGACCAGGAACUGAGGCUUGAAGGCAAAUCCUUUGGUCUUCUCCACACUUGCACGUUUCAGUUGGCUUUCCAAGGGAUUUUCCAUCGCUUCCCGCCUUCCCUCGCAUGACCAACUCUCCCCAAACAUCCUCUGGGAUACGGGGAACUUGUGUUUAUUCCCA